AUGGAGCAAGUAACAGAGUCGAAUGGAAGUAUAAUUGAGAGAGCAAAACAUCUCCUUGAGGAUUGGAGAAAUGCAAACAAGAAGCAGCAAGUGCAGGCAUCUCAGCAAGGAAAUACAACUGUUGUCAUGCUGCCAAAUACACCACAGGUCACGGUAGGAAGUAAUGAAGAGACUAGGUGGAAAAAACCAAUGCGUGGGCGGCUGAAAUGUAACGUGGUCGCUUCGUUCUCAUCUUCCACUAAUAAAGUGGGUGUAGGUAUGUGUAUAAGGGACGAAGAUGGAUGCUUUGUUCGUGCAAAAACAAUGUGGCACACACCGUUAUGUUCAGUUGAUAUUGGAGAAGCAUUGGGGCUGCAUCACACUAUCCGUUGGGUUCAUGAGCUACAACUCCAAAAUGUGAAUUUUGAGGUUGAUUCGAAGCGUGUAGCGGACUAUUUUAACCGAGGCAAUGGUGAUAUCACAAAAUUUGAGGUCAUUAUGGAUAGUAAUAGGCACUAUUGUUCUCUUUAUUUACCAAACUCUCAUGUUGAGUUUUACAGGAGGCAAGCGAAUGGAGUUGCCCAUGAAUUAGCAAAGGCAUCCCUUUCCGAAUCUAGCUUCCAAGAUACUUCACGUCUUCCUAUGUGCUCUUUAGCCUUGGACCACCUCGACGAGAUGCCUCGCUUCUAG